GCGCGGCGCAAGGUGCACAAGCAUGGGCCUACCAGACAUAGAGACUAUACCCGAGACCGGAGCAGUCUUCACGAUCGGUCGUAGCAGAUUUGCGGACAAUGUUGCGUCACACUUCUUUAUACGUAAGGAUCCGGUCGUCGCCAUUGAGUGCGGAGAUGAACAUUCUGCCGUUAUUUGUCAAACCGGCAGACUGUUCGUCUUUGGCAGUAACGAUUGGGGCCAACUGGGUCUGGGUCACAAGAAUCACAUCAGCAAACCUUCGUGUGUAAAAAUCCUGAAACCAGAAAAAGUUACACACGUCGCAUGCGGAAGAGCGCACACGUUAAUAUGUACAGGAGCCCAGAAAGUCUUUGCAUGCGGCAGUAAUCAAGAAGGUCAACUAGGCCGGGAAAAUUCCGCGAUAGGCGACAGCUCUAGUUCUCCAAUCUUGAUUUACGAUUGUGGACUCGGCGGACCUAGGAUUGUACAAAUUGCAGCAGGAUCACAUCAUUCAAUGGUUUUGACUAGCGACGGAGGAGUUGUCGCUUGGGGAAGUAAUCUGGAGGGACAGUUAGGAUUACCAGGAGUUUCGGGUCUUGUUAACAAACCUACAAAGGUCCCUAUUCCUGAACCGGUAAAAGAAAUCAGCGCAGGAUAUUAUCAUUCAGCUUUUUUGACCGAAAGCGGUCUCGUUUAUGUCUGCGGCGAAUCGGAAAGCGGUAAACUCGGGAUCGAUGUCAACUUUUCUACGCAAGUUGCACCGAAGCAGAUACAGUUGCCGACACCGGCACUUCAUAUUGCCUGCGGCGGUCAUCACACGCUCGUGUUAGCAGAAAAUGGCAACAUUUACUGCUUUGGAAGUAACUCCAGUGGACAACUUGGAAUGGGCACGAAUGUCAACGAGAUACACUUGCCAAAACAUCUUGCACGCGGAUCUCUUCGAAAUGAAAAGAUCGUCAAGAUUACUUGCGGUGAAAGUCACAGUGCUAUUCUUACUGAACUUGGCAAACUCUUCACUUGUGGUGACGGGCGACAUGGUAAAUUAGGUCUGGAGGAAAAUGAAAAUAAUGUUCACGAAGUCACAUUUGCUGCCAAAUAUCAGGAACUCUUCAUUACAGAUGUUGCAUGCGGAGGAUGUCAUACAAUAUUGGUUGGUCGAAGACACGAGAUGGAUCAUCAAUCGGAUUCCACUGAGUCAGCCAUGCAGAACAAAAGUUCUCUACCUCCUUUAAAGCUUCCUGUAAAUAUGCAAAAUGAACAUCGAGUGGACAGUACGGAAAAAUCAAUUCCUGAAAAAGAUAAUUCACAUCAUGUCGAGAAAAGCAAUGAAACACCGAAACAUAACGAUAUUGAAACGAAUUCAAAAGAUUCGUCAAAAGAAAAUUCAGAUAUUGUCAGUAAUGAAAAAAAUUCGUCUUCGGCAAACGAUGAAAAAAUCGCAAGUCCUAAGAAAUGUCCUUCCGAAACUAGUCCAUCGGAAAAUUCAAAAGAAAAAGUCGAGAAAUCACAACCAACUGACGAGGAAGAUGAGUCAAAGAAUAAAGAAAGCGCACAUGACGAAAAUGCUGAAGAUAAACUAGAUAAUGAAAGUAAAGAUGUUCAGGAAAAUAAUGAAAGUCAGAAAAAUAAUGAAAACGUGGAAAGUACAGCAGCGACAGAUGCUGAAGAUGCGCAAGAUGCUGAAGAGUCACGCACAGAAGCAGCAGCUUCGAGGAUACAAGAAAAAACGGAGCAAGAAACGUCGACGAAUCCUACACCACCACCGAAACCACCAAGACUAAAAUCCGGAAGUAUCGAAAAUACGAGCAAGGAGAACGAUUCUUUACAAGAGAACGAAAAGGAUGAGGACGAAAAGAACAAGGACGAGAAAGAGACAAAGACGAGUGAUGAGCCUGAAGACGCAAGCCCAAAGUCCCUUGGAAAAUUAGAAUCGGUAGAAAAUAUGACUGAAAAGAUUGUGGAGGCUGUUGAGAAUUCGAUAGAAAAGGUCAAGGAGAAUAUACACGGUGAAGAAUCAGAGAAAGUAGAGGCGGAUGGCGCGCAGGACGAUGCUGAUGUGGUGCAAUCUCCAGCACCGCGAACAGCUAAGAUGGCAAAGUUGUUUAAAGGAAAGAGACAGGAGGUAGAGAACGGAACUAAAAUGAGCAGCGCAGCGAAUCCAAAAGCUAAGUCAAAGACGUGCACCGUUCUGUGAUCGAGAAGACUUCGAAGAAACAUUAUAAUCCAUUAUAUUUUUAUAAAAUACUUUUGAUAGAUUUUCGUCGCUGGGACCAAUACGCGUGGAACUGGAAAUUUCCAAUAAUCGACAGCUCGAUUUAUCAUCAAUAAGAGCUUGCCUUCAACCAUAUUUACAAUAGAAUUAGUUUAGAUUUCUUCUGCAUCAUAUAUCGCAUCAAUUUCUCGUUACAGCGACGAAGGGUUUUAAUAAGAGCAAUAAUUCACUGACUGUAUCUAGGCACUCUGAAUAUAUAUUACAUAGAAAUUGGUCCCAUUUUUAAUAUAUAAAUUUCAGAAGAAAGCAUAAAUCUAUAAAUAUAGCGGAUAAAGAGUAGAUGAGUGACAGUUGAGUGUGACAAAUAUGUACAGUGAUAUUUGGAUAAAAGUAUUUUAUUAAAUUUCGGUUACAAAAUUCCGUUCGCGCUAGAACAAGCUUACCCUCUACAAUGUUUUUUUUUCACUCUCGGAAUAUAUUUAAAAGUACUUAAAACCGAUAUACCGAUGUAGCAUAAUCGCAUUACAUUCUCGAUGUAUCACUCAUUUGAUUAAUCGUCAAGCCGUAUUUAACUUAUAAUGCACCGAUAUCGAUUAACAGUAAUCAUGAUUAAUCUAAAUUUGUGUCCUUUUCGAUGUUCUUCUAUAGCUGGAGCCGCGCUCCAAAUCGUUAGCCGGAUAUUUAGCUUUACGUAGCAAUAUGUGUAACGCUAAAAUUGUUGCGGGGCGCAACCUUACUUCUAAUCGACAUUGUUUCGCCACACAAUUGCUGGCAAUGGUAUACUUAACAUACGAUCACUAAUAUUGCACUAGAUUAUGGCCGAGUACGAGUGGGACACGUUGAGAAGAAGCAUCGUCACGCGCAAACUUGCCAUGAUCGACACAAGUGAAAGUUUCGUCCAUUCACGUAAUUGCCAAUGAAGCUUCUCCUCGUUGCUCUCCAUUCAAAAAUUGCAUAUUACAUAUAAAUAAGAACGGAAUCACAGACACAAUAAUAUAAUCAAUAAUAUAAUCUUGGGAUCUCUCGUAAGGGUUAUCAGGUAAUCCCUGAUUAGUAUGUCCAGAAGCGUCCGUUAAAUCCCAAAAGUUUUCUUCCAUAACUAAUAAGGAAAACACUAUAUAUAUAUAUGACGUUUUAUUAUGAUUAUAUACGAAUAUUAUAAUGAUCGUAUCGGUUUACUCUCACGCAUUCUGAAAGAUCGUGAAGGAUUCUUUGGCGAAUUUCGAUUCCAUUUAAACAAAUCAAACUCUUCCGCGAAUUUCGUCCGAAUAAAAAUUCGCGAAAAAUUAGAAAAAAGGAAGCCUUUCUCCGUGUAAAAGACACAAACCAAUUUGGCUCCGCAUAUUCUGUAGUUAGUUAAUUAGUUGUUUUGAUGAUCAACAGCGAGACUUUGGUGUACACAGUCAAAGGGGACGCAUUUUAUAUUACGCCACAUAUCAUAUCGCAGGUACUUAUCCAAUAUUUUUUCAUUGCAACGAUAUUAUUAAUCAAUAACGCCUAGAUUUAUUUUUUCUUCGAUUUUUUUUCGACAAAAAAUAAAUCAAUUAUCAUUUAUUUGAUAUAAUAUAUUGUAUAUACCUACAUUAUAAUUCAUACGCAAUCAAUUCUUGGAAAAAAAUAUUUAUAAUUUUUAAUGCCUUUGAUUGUUAAAUAGAAUUUAGAUGAUAUGUGGCUUCGAGAAUCCUAAGUUAAUCCUAAGAAUUAAUGCCGAGGUUUCUUAAAUCUUAAUUACAGUCUAGAAAUACACACUAAUGUGUGCAGUUUAUGGUUAUAUUUGGUGAAAUAAUAAAAAAAUCAGAUAGAUUAAUUAAAAGACUCGUAGCCUUUCGGCAAGUUUUAUGAAAGAGUCAUGUAAGAGUUCUUAUUAGAUAUGCAUCUUGUUGACAAUUAAAGUCUCGAUGAAAAGAAUCUGUUUGUCCUUCAUGCAAGUCUUCGCGAUUCCUAUAUUCUUCAAACUCUAAAU